AAACAAUACGUCGCCCGACCGCAAACAAUGAUUUAGGCCCGUAGGAUCAUAAAUAGAGGUUAAUUUAUUAUUUCUUCAUUAAUGUUAUAAACAAGACGUUAUAAUGGUACAGCCGACAAUAUUAACCGUUCUUUUAUUUUUGUCAACUAUUGUCGCGAUUGAUUACGAAAAUAUAUCAUUUAGUAGCUCGGCCAGUAUAGAACUCGGUGACGACGAUGACGUUGAAACAGUUUGUUCCGCAAGAAAGUGCAUCAGAAAGUGCUGUCCGAAAAACGAGUACUUUUCCAUCGAUACAUACAGCUGUGAAAGUUUCGACAUGAAUUUGGACUUCUCGAAUGUGUCGGUUUACGAAGACUACGAUCAUUUUAAAAAAAUCGACAAGUCAUUGCGUGAUAUAUUCCUACUGGAGCCUGGGAUGUUUUAUGAAAAAGUUAAUGAUGAAAGUUUCGAAAAUCAAACUUUUGCUGACGUUGCGUAUGUUUUGAUGGAUCUCAACAUCUCCACAUAUAUGACUGAGAGCGGAAUACUUUAUUACACGCUACCAAAUUCAUAUACGAAAUGGUAUGAAGUAGACUUCUUUUGCAUAGACUACGAAGUCAGUAAUACCACUGCCACUGUUAAAUACUGGUCUAUACUUCGCAACGUCUAUAUCCCAAAGAGCAACAAUUAUUUCACUUCUGCGCUUUUGAUAUCAUCAGUGUUUCUAUUCCUCGUCCUGUUGGUCUACACAAUCAUACCGGAGCUGCGGAACCUCGCAGGAUUGGUACUAAUGGCCUACGUUUUUAGCCUAAUGUGUGCCUUCCUGUCAUUAGCAUCUCUACAGUUAGGAACUUAUUUGGAUAAUAAAUGCCUUGAUUUAACUGCUGUAACGUAUUUCUUCUUCUUGUCGACUUUCUGCUGGAUGAAUGUGAUGUCAUUUGAUAUAUGGUGGACUUUUCGGGGAUAUGCCAAAGCUAGGCCAAUACACAGACGGGGAGAGAAGUUCAAAUUUGGGGUUUACUGUAUCUAUGCUUGGGGUAUCCCAAUGUUGAUGGCGAUUGGUUUAGUCGUAAUUAACAACACUGAUCUAAGUGAUAUGCCUUGGUUUGUUACACCCCAGAUACCACUACAAGGAUGCUUUUUGGAAGGUGGUCAAAAACUAUUAUACCUGUAUGUUCCGAUGCUGAUAUUGAUAAUAUGCAAUUGGAUGUUUUUCCUAAUGACUGCGUUCAAUAUUUGGAGAUUGAGCCGUGGCACCUCCGUGCUGGAGUCCGCAGCCGCUGGCAGUCCCGCUGCUCACCGCUCACAGAGGAAUAGGCUUAUGGUGUAUCUUAAACUAUCCGUAAUAAUGGGUAUCAACUGGCUACUCGAGAUUGUAAGUUUUAAAACACCAGAACUGAACAUAUGGAAAUUGACCGACGCAUACAAUCUCCUGAUCGGUAUAUCGAUAUUUCUCAUUUUUGUAUGUAAAAGGAAAAUUUACAGAAAGCUUCAGAACAGGUAUUACGGAUUUGUCAGUGCUAAGCCGAGACUCAGCAAGAGCAAUACUAGCUGCAGCACGCUGGAAUCUAAUCUAAGUCAGGACAUUCCACUACAAGUCUCCAAUCAUCCUAUGGGCCCCAAUGGUCGAACGGAAACCAAAAACUAAUAGAA